AUGAGCAUUCAGCAGAAACAUGUUCUUGCCCGCUCUCUAGUUUUCAAACAGCUGCCUCCAUCUCUAGAGGUCAAACAAGCCUUAUCUUGUCUCCCUCAUGGUCGCUUUCACGGCAUUGUUCCUCGAGGCAAAGACUCACUGGCCAUAAAGUUCCUGGACUUCCGCUCGGCAACCCGUUUCACCCAAAAGUUUCGUUUACUGCCGCGUGCACCACUGCUGAAAGAUGCUACAAUAGAAUAUGAAGCAUCUGGUCCUCUGCCUAUCGAAAUUCUCACUGCAAUUGGACUCAGAAAUGCGAGCAGGGUAAUUCGCGUUUCUUCCACUAUUGCAAAAGAUAUUCCCGAGAGCUUGAUCGACGACUCGAAGAAAUGUGGGCCCAUUGAGAGCUUCGAGAGCGACAAAAGAAAGGCCGUGAUUAAUUUCCUGUCUAUAGAUGCGGCCAUCAAGGCUUUAGACAUCCUUCGUACCAGCGAAACAUAUGCGGGAUGCCAUGUGUACUUUGGAUAUGAUCAAAAAUGCGAUAUACCUAUUCCGUAUCCUGCUGAUUCCAAAACCGACUUGGUCCUGACCGACCUUCCGAAAGGAGCGACCACUAAUGAACUUCUUCGACGUCUCCAGAGCGGUUUGCCUGAUCUCAAGCGGGAGACCAUACGGAGUAUCGUCUUUGACGAACCGGGUGCCAAAGCUUUCAUCAACUUCCUAGAACCUGUUGUUGCUAAGAUUGUUUAUGAAUCCUUCAAACACGCAAAGACAUCCACUGGUGGAGUUUCCGUUUCAUGGUCUUGGACUGCCCCCAGUCCCAUCAGCGCCAGUCUUCGGAUGGCAGUUAACGUCGGUGCUUCUCGUACCAUGACCAUAUCCCAUCUCGAGAACGUAGAACAAAUGAGACGCGUCUUGAAGGUUGCAAAAACGUUUGGAACAGUUGUCAGCCAUUCGUAUAAUCCUUCUAAUGAAAAAACUGGCAAAACAGUCAGCAUCGAAUUUUCCGACAUCUUCUCAACCUUCAGAGCCAUCGAACGCAUCGGGAAAGACAUGGCUAGUUAUCCUGACUUUGCCAAUACGUUUGUCUCCUUUGCCACAUCAACUAACCAAGUUAAGCCUAUGAAAGUUCUUCGUUCUAAGACUACAAAACCCGAAACAUCGCAGGCUCAGGCUACGUCGGAACCAUCUUCUCAUCCUUCGGAAGCAUCGUAG